AUGCCUAUCUCAAAGCACAACAUAUCCUCUCCAUUGGAAGCGGGCACAUCGUUGCUCCAACCAAUGCAACUACCAUCAGAAUUACUCGAAGCUCUCGAUUACGUAUCAAAACGCUUGGUACGAAAGAGACUUCACUUAUCAUUGAUCGUCGUCAAAAAAGACAAUCAAAUACAAAGUCCCGCUAUUUCCAGAACUACAACCGCACCCGGUUCUUACUCACACACUACAUCCCCAUCAACACUUCUUUACAAUAGCGCUCCACUCACAUCUCACGUUCGCAACAUUUCACUCUCAAGUCGAGGAACCUGUCCAGUCAGUUCUCGUUCUUCAAGCCCAACCAGCACCAUCUUCUCGAAUUCUCUUUCGGAGCGCUCAAACUCAACCACAACAUCUACCCUCUCCACCUCGACAAUCUAUCUCUCCCGCACAAAAUACUCCGGCCUUCCCUCUUCCCCCAAAGAUACCAUGGCCCACCACAUCCGCGCAUCCAUUUCCCCUCCUUCCACCCCCUCUUCUCCCCCCGCAGAAUGGGUAUCCCCCGAUACCCCCAACCGCUACGGCAUCACCCUCAUGCAUUCCACCCGUCUCACUCCCCGCGCCGAACGCAUCCUCCGCUCCACCAUUUCGCGAGCCGAAAGAAAAUUCCCCUCCAUCGGAUCCGACUGGCUCUCCUCCUCCUCCCUCUCCUCCCCCAUCUCCGAUCCCUCAACUCAAGAUCUCAUUCGUCGCUCGCUGGCUCAAAAUCGCGUCGUGUUCACCGCCCCGGGAUUAUCCCUCUACUCGCUUGAUUAUCUGUAUUCCUUUAAAUGCGCGCUGCAUACUUAUUCGCGCAGUCUUUCCGCAGAAGAUAUGAGUAUUGCGAUUGAUGAGUUGCGACGCGUGGUUUUGGUACGCGGGGGAAAGAUCGGGAGAAGUGAGGUAAUGAGAGGGUAUGAGUGGUUGGGCAUUUCGCUGAGUGCGCUGUGUGAUGUUGAGGAAGGGUAUAAGAGGAUUUAUGGGGGGAGUGCAGGAGAAAAGGCGAUUUUUAAUGACGAAGUGAGGAAGUCGCUCUCGGUGAAGACGUCUUUUAGUGCUGAGGAAGAGGAUUUGGUGGAGGUGGGUGAGAGCGCUAAGGGGAGGGAUGGGGAAAGUCCGGUUUGGGAGAGGGAGAGCGGAAAUGGAGAGAGAGAAGAUCGGGGACCUUUUUUCAGGGGUGAUAGAACCCCGAAUCGAGUGGAAGAUGUGAGUCCGGGGACUAGAGGAGAGUGGGAGCAUUUGAUGAGAGGAGAAAGGAGACUCACUCUUAUUCAAGUGGAUUGUUAA